AUGCCGAAAGCUACAACUCCAGUUGCCGCUGCGCGUCAGGCGAGAAGACAUAACCCUUUAGAGGAUGAUCUUACAGCGUCGGGAGGAAUUCUGAAAACUAAAGUAGCAAAGCGCAAAUCCAGACAUCAGGAAGAGGGCGAACAAUUCGUCGAUUCAAAAGCUUCCCGAAAGAUUUUAAAAAUAGGUCAGGAACUCGCAGACGAAGCCAACGAAGAGAAUUUAGUACCGAAACCGAAUGCUGCUUUCAAUUUCGACACAAGGCUCGAGGAUGAUGAAGUCGAAGAAACAUACGAGGAGGCGGAGGCUUGGGGGGACGAUGACGAGGAGGUAGAAGAAAUUGAACUGGCUCCAGACGACUUGGCAACUUUCAGCAAAUUCUUCCCCACUCAGGAAGACCCUUUAUUACGACAAGGUUGGGACGGCGAAGCAGAUGAGGGCGAAGAAGGUGAAGGGACCAAUCUGGCGGAUUUAAUUUUAGAGAAAAUUGCGGCUCAUGAAGCGCAACAAGAAUCGCAAGGAGGCUCGAGAAAUGUGCCUGGGCCCAUAGACGAAGAUUUUGAGAUACCCCCAAAAGUGGUGGAGGUUUACACAAAAAUCGGCUUAAUACUUUCACGAUAUAAAUCUGGCAAACUGCCGAAACCCUUCAAGAUUUUACCAACAGUACCGCAUUGGGAGGACAUUUUACAAAUAACCCAACCAGAAAAUUGGACGCCCAAUGCAUGCUACGAAGCAACAAAAAUCUUUGUUUCCAGUACGCCAACCACAGCCCAGAAAUUUAUGGAGAUGGUGAUCCUAGAGCGCGUUCGCGAGGAAAUCUUCGAGACAAAGAAGCUCAACGUACAUCUAUUCGCGGCGUUAAAAAAGGGACUAUACAAACCAGCGGCUUGGUUCAAGGGCUUCUUGUUUCCUUUAGUCGGGAGCGGCACUUGCACAUUGAGGGAAGCGCAUAUUAUAUCCGGUGUCCUGGUCCGAGUAUCUGUUCCUGUAUUGCACUCCGCUGCGGCCAUCAAGGGCUUGUGUGAUAUUGCAGCACAAGAGUCCUCUGCUGGGACAGAAGGCGGAGGGGCUACGAACAUCUUCAUCAAAGCACUGCUUGAGAAGAAAUACGCUUUGCCUUUCCAGGUCAUUGAUGCGCUGGUUUUCCAUUUCUUACGAUUUCGAAGUGUCGACCCGGCAAGUGUGCGUCCAGAAGAUGUAGGAGGAGCAAUGGAGGGGCUUUCAGGCGCAGGUGCAAAGGAAACGAAACUUCCCGUCAUCUGGCAUCAGUGUCUAUUAGCCUUCGCUCAGAGAUAUCGGAAUGAUAUCACAGAAGACCAGCGUGAGGCAUUACUGGAUUUGCUUUUGACAAAGGGGCAUUCUCAGAUCGGUCCUGAAGUUCGAAGAGAAUUACUUGAGGGAAGAGGUCGCGGAGUUCCUUUAGAGCCUGAACAGACGUUUGGAGAUGAUACUAUGCUAGUUGAUUAG